CACAGUCUUCUUUCUCUCUAACUCCUCCAAAUACGCAUUGGGCGAACCUCUCUUUCUCUCUCUAAAAAUGGCUCUAUUUCUCUCUCUACUGAAACAGUUUUGUUAGAGAAUCCCAUUGGGAACUCUAGCUGGAGAGAAGAGAGAGACCAGUGGGUUUUCAUUUGGGUUUUUCUCUCUUCUCUUUGAAACCCCUGUAUAAAAGAGCAAAGAGAAACAGUGUGCAAUUGGUUUCUCUUUCUAGAUUUAUCUCUCUCCUCCAUAAAAAAAGUGCCACAAAAAGAAGGGAGAGAAACAGAGGGAGCAGCUGGUUUUUUGCUUAUUCUGAAAACCCAGUAAAAGAGGAGGAAAAAGCAACUGGGUUUUCCUUGUGUUAUCUCCGUUCCUGAAAAACCGAACUUUGAGAGAAGAAAGAGAGGCGGGAGCAGCAGAGAGAAACAGUGGAGAGAGACAUGCUUUCGAGGGUUAAUGGCGUGGUUUGGAUGGAAGAACAGGGAGAUGUCGAGGAGGACGCCGCUUCAUGGACCAGAGAAGCUAUUAAUGGCGAAAACAAGGAUGAGAUGGGGCUUGGCACCUUCAAAUCCAUGCUUGAAGACGACUGGUAUCUUCACAAUAGCAGUAACAUUCAAUCCCACCAUGAAAUCAAAGACCUUGGCUUCUCCUCUGCCUCAAUGGUGAGCUCAAACCCAACUGAACCCAUGCUUUUACAAGCAGUUGAUUCCUCUUCUUCUUGCUCCCCUUCCUCAGUCUUCUCUAUGGACCCAAACCAAGUUCACCCCUUUCUCUCUCAAGGAGUACCCAAAUCUUGCCUUUCCUCUCUCAUCAACGCUGUUUGCUCCGACCCAUUUGAGAACAACCUCGAUUUAUCAUGCGAACCAAGCUUCCUCUCUGGUUUAACAACCCCAUUACAGGGAACCCACCAUUCAAAUUCCUUAAUGAACAGAGGUGUAGUGACUGGUUUUGCAAACAUGAGCCCACCUAGCCAAAUGGGUGCGCCCAGUAUGAACCCACAAGGCCAAUUGGCUCACCCAAGUUCGCGUCUUCUCCCUCUCUGUGAAAACCAGAGCUUUGCACCAUCAAACCUUGGCCUUUGCCCUCAAAAUGGUGACUUUCUCUCUCUCAACCGGUCUAAAAUUCUGCGACCCCUCGAAAUUUUCCCUUCAGUUGGGACUCAACCCACUCUGUUUCAAAAAAGAGCAGCUCUUAGGCAGAACCUUGGGGGCUUGCCCGAAAAUUUGGGGAACUUACAGGUAUCAAAUGCAAAUUUAGGAAUACCAACCAGGUUUCAGGGUUCAAAUGAAGCGGAAGAGAGAAGGAAGAAUGAUGAGGAGGAGAUAGAGGAGGGUAGUGUUGAUGGGUCAGGCUUACAAUAUGAUUCUGAUGAGCCAACUGAUGUUAGGAUUGACGAGAAUGGUGAUUUUUUGCAAAAGGGGGGCAGUAGUGUCAAUAAUAAUAGUAAUGGUAAUGGAGUUGUUGGGGUUGGAGAUCAAAAGGGAAAGAAGAAGGGGUUGCCUGCUAAGAAUCUCAUGGCCGAGAGGAGGCGUAGGAAGAAGCUCAAUGAUCGGCUUUAUAUGCUCCGGUCCGUUGUCCCCAAGAUCAGCAAGAUGGAUAGAGCCUCCAUUCUGGGAGAUGCGAUAGAGUACUUGAAGGAGCUUCUACAAAGGAUCAAUGACCUUCAUAGUGAACUCGAAUCAACGCCUUCUGGUUCUUCACUGCCUUCUACUGCAAACUUCCACCCAUUGACACCUACACCUCCUACUCUUCCAUGUCGUGUAAAGGAGGAACUUUGUCCAAGUUCACUGCCUAGUCCUAAUAGCCAACCUGCACGGGUGGAGGUGAGGGUAAGAGAAGGGAGAGCAGUAAACAUACACAUGUUUUGUGCUAGGAGACCGGGCCUCCUCCUCUCUACAAUGAGAGCGCUCGACGGUCUUGGGCUUGACAUUCAGCAAGCAGUCAUCAGCUGCUUCAAUGGGUUCGCUUUGGAUGUCUUUCGAGCUGAGCAAUGCAAGGAAGGCCCGGAUGUAUUACCAGAGGAGAUCAAAGCAGUGCUUCUACAUUCAGCAGGGUUCCAUGCCACAGUUUAGUGUGGUGUGGUAAAAGUAGAUAGAGACUAGUGCUUCUUCCUGCAUUUUACUGAGAAUCUGUCCAUGGAGUUUAAGUGGGGCCAUUAACUGUUUUAGCAGGCUAUAGGAAGUUACUGAACUACCACCUAUUUUAGAAAUAAAUGCAUUUGGCUUCUUUGAA